CCAAUUAAAGGUAAUGGAAUAUUAUGUUUUAUGUAAAUGACUAUAUAGUGAUAAUGGCACCAAAACGAGCCGAAGAAAUUCAUGUUAAAAGAGUAGCAGCUUUAGGUUGUAAGUUACCUGAUCAAUUACCAGAUGGAGAAAUAUUAACAGAUAUUACACAAAAUAAAUGGAAACUAGGACAAGCAAUAGGAUAUGGUGGAUUUGGUGAUGUAUAUUUAGCAUCAAAGGACAUUGAUGCUCCAGUAAGAUCUGAUGCAAAGUAUGUUAUAAAAAUUGAACCACAUAAUAAUGGCCCACUAUUUGUGGAAAUGAAUUUCUACAUAAGGGCAGCUCGUAAAGAAAUGAUUGAAAACUGGUGUAAAUCACAAGGAAAAAGACGAAUAGGUGUACCAACAUAUGAAGGAUCAGGCUCUCAUAUAUAUGGAGGGCAAAAGUACAGAUUUUUAGUGAUUCCAAGAUAUGGUAUAGAUAUCGGAAAAUUGUUCUUAUCAAAUGGACGACAAUUACCAAUGAAACUUGUUAACAGGCUAACUGUUCAAAUGUUGGAUGUACUUGAAUAUAUUCAUAGUCGAGGAUAUGCUCAUGCAGACAUUAAAGGAUCAAAUAUUUUAUUAUCUUUGUGCAAAGAAGGCGAAAAUUCCAAAAAAUCACAAGCAUACUUAGUCGAUUAUGGUUUAGCAUAUCGUUUUCGUACAGGAUCAGGUGUUCAUAAGCCAUUUGUUCAUGAUGAAAGAAGGGCGCACGAAGGAACAUUAGAAUUUACAUCCAGAGAUGCACAUCAUGGAACACAUUCAAGAAGAGGGGAUUUAGAAACAUUAGGUUAUAAUGUACUACAAUGGUUGUGUGGUAGAUUACCAUGGGAGAAAGAAGAUAAUAGUGUAUCGUCAACAAUGGAUCCAGAUGAAGUUCAUGCACAAAAAGAGAUUUUGUUUUCAAAUUUACCAUUAUUUAUGGAUAAAUGUUUUCCUAGUAAGAGAAAACCGCCACCUGCCGCCAUUGUGGAAUACAUAAAAUACAUUGCCGAAUUAGGAUUUGAAACAAAACCUAAUUAUUCCUAUUUGCGUAGACUGUUUCAAUCUGGUCACAAGCAGAAAAAUGAUGUUCCUACAUGUUUAUAUCGUGUAAGAGAAUCUAACGAAAAUAUUUCCUUUCCUGUGUCUUUCAAACGACCAUAUUUGAGAGAAAGAAAACCCUGUAGACCCGUUAAUGGCGAGAUUCGUAUUACGCGAAAUACACAAUCUAAACGGCCAGUCGAUAGAAAAGAAUUUUGUUGGGAGGCAGUAUUAGCAUUACAUCCUGAUAAGUUAGCAAAAGUUACUGUCCAGCCUCCAUCUUCACCACUCACACCACCACCAUCUCCACCACCUCCAUCUUUACCCACAUACGCUAUGUUGAAUGUAAUUCAAAGGAUGAAAGAAAAACAAUCGAGCACAUUUCGACAUAGAGCGGUGUCAAAAUCAACAGAGGAUCUUAAAGCAAAGUGGAUGACUCCAGCUAUGGAACAAAUAGUUCAGUCGAGGAAAAAGACUUCAGCACCGCCACUUCCUUUAUCGAAAUCAUCGCCGCGUUUGACACGUUCACGAGUGGCUCAAUUGAAACGACUCGGGAAUAAGAAACCCUACAAGAACAUGCAAACUAACAAGAGAAGAAGAUUGUCAUAAGUAGGACUGAUUUUUUUUUACUGUUAUUUCAGUUUUCAUUCCUUGGACAUUGGAAGCACCAGCAAGUUAUUUAAUUGAAGGGUGUAUAAUUAAGUAUUAUUCUCGAUUAGUCUA